GAGCGAAGCCGGUGAUGGGUCAACGUCUCCUCGGACUUCCUUGUUUCACCCGGACCAUUUACCGGCAAGGAACCUGUUCCGGUGUCUAACAUCCGUCCCCUGUGCAUGCCGCCGAGUGUCGCCUCUGUCAAAGUUGUAGCUGAGGCAUCACCUGGACCGUCAUCAUGGGGAUUACGGAUAAAAUCUCCGAAAUUGAGAGAGAAAUCUCCCGGACACAGAAAAACAAAGCUACCGAGUACCAUCUGGGUUUGCUCAAGGCCAAGUUAGCCAAAUACAGAGCUCAGCUUCUGGAGCCCUCGAAGGCGGGGGGCAAAGGAGAGGGCUUCGAUGUCAUGAAAUCAGGAGACGCUCGUGUUGCUCUCAUCGGUUUCCCCUCUGUGGGUAAGUCUACCUUCCUCAGUUUAAUGACAUCAACAGCCAGUGAAGCUGCUUCCUACGAGUUCACUACCCUCACCUGCAUACCUGGUGUCAUCGAGUACAAAGGGGCCAACAUCCAGUUGCUUGAUCUGCCAGGAAUCAUUGAGGGGGCUGCCCAAGGUAAGGGUCGAGGUCGGCAGGUCAUCGCCGUCGCCAGGACAGCAGAUGUGGUGAUCAUGAUGCUGGAUGCCACCAAAGGAGAGGUUCAGAGAUCCCUUCUGGAAAAAGAGUUGGAGUCAGUGGGCAUCAGACUCAACAUGGCAAAGCCAAAUAUUUAUUUCAAGCCUAAGAAAGGUGGUGGCCUCUCCUACAACUCCACAGUUCCUCUCACCCACUGCUCCGAGAAGCUCGUCCAGCUCAUCCUUCAUGAAUACAAAAUCUUUAACGCCGAGGUCCUCUUCAGGGAGGACAGCACGCCAGACGAGUUCAUCGACGUCAUCGUUGGGAACAGAGUUUACAUGCCUUGUCUAUAUGUGUACAAUAAGGUGGAUCAGAUCUCCAUCGAGGAGGUGGACCGCCUGGCUCGCAGACCUAACAGUGUUGUCAUCAGCUGUGGGAUGAAGUUGAACCUGGAUUACCUGUUGGAGACGCUGUGGGAAUAUUUGGCUCUGAUUUGCAUUUAUACUAAGAAAAGAGGAGAGCGCCCGGACUUUGGCGAUGCCAUCAUCAUGAGAAGAGCCGCCAGUGUAGAACAUGUGUGCCAUCGAAUCCACAGAACCUUAGUUGGCCAGUUCAAAUAUGCACUUGUCUGGGGAACCAGCACCAAGUACAGCCCGCAGAGAGUCGGCCUGACGCACAUCAUGGAGCAUGAGGACGUCAUCCAGAUCGUGAAGAAGUAAAACAAGCCCCUGACUGGAGCGAGGAGAGACGGAGCAGCAGGAGUUAAAAUAAAAACAAAGUACUGUACAGUAGAUACACCGCAAUGGAAAACACCCACCGUUCAUAUUUUGUAUAUGAUAACCAACAAAACCGGGAGAGACAGACAAGAUUUGAGUUGUGGACAGAAACAAGUUUAUUUUACCUUUUAAGAUAAAAGGAAGAUGUGUCAAUGAUUCUGAGAGAAAACGGGAAAAACAAUAAAGUCCCUAAAACAUUAAAUAA